AUGUGUCAGUAUCGCGACUGACUCAGACGGGGGUGGAAGUGUUGGCCUUUCCCUCCUCCUCCACUAACAUUCCCGUGACAUCUGGUGAAGGGACGAGAGACAGAAGGGCAGCCGGGGAGUGUGUUGCGGGCAUGGGCGUAGACGGGGUUACGGUGAUGCGAUAGUGAGAGGGAGAGUCCUACCUGUCCCCUAAUUGCUCUGACGAAGGUGUGACCGAACGCUAAUUGCCUCACUCCACGUAAUUAGCUCUGGGCUGUUGAUGACGUCAGGACCAGCGAGGAGGACGAUUGGUGAGAACCAGCGCCAGAGUAAUCAGUAGGUGAGCCAGGUGACGCGCCCCCACAGAUUGAUGGCGAGGUGGGCGUUGCGAGCGGCGGCGGCGGUGGUGUUGGCGGCGGUAGUGGCGGUGGCGGAGGGCAGGUGUCCCGAGGUGUGCAGGUGUGAUUAUGACUACCUGGACAGGAUGACGGUCACCUGCGAUUCCGGGAGGCUGACCGGUGCCGUGCCUAUCUUCGACAUGGAUAAAGAUACACAGGUGCUGAAGAUUACCUCCCCCGAGGACCAGGGCAACACGGUGACGGUAGGCCCCAUCUUCUACACGCUGUCCCGCCUGGAGGAGAUCCACAUCACGCACUCCAACGUGCCGGCCAUCGGGGAGAACUCCUUCUGGGGCCUCAGCCACCUGCGCAUCCUCAACCUGACCCACAACAACAUCACGGUGCUCCUCGACUCCCACCUGUCCGGCAUUGAUAACCUGCAGGCCCUGCACCUGGACGACAACCACAUCAGCUCGGUGGCCUCGGCGACCUUCCGCUCCCUGGUGGCCCUGGAGACCCUGACGCUGGCCCGGAACAGGCUGCGGGGCCUCGCGCCGCGCAUCUUUCUGCACCUGAUGCGCCUCACCACCCUCGACAUCUCCGGCAACGCCAUCCAGGAGCUGGAUCCCGAGGUGCUGCGCGACGUGCCGGCGCUGCGCACGCUGCGCUGCGCCGCCUGCAGCCUGACGCGCAUCAAGUCGUUGGUGUACCGGUCGCUGCCGCGCCUGGAGACGCUGGACCUGAGGGACAACCACCUGUCCAGCCUUGCCCCGGACGAGUACAUGGACCUGCCGGGGCUACGGCGGCUGCUGCUGGACGGGAACAGGAUCUACGAGCUGCGGGACUACACCUUCCAGGGCCUGGCGCUGCAGCACCUCGGCCUGGCCAGGAACAGGAUGACGCGCAUCUCCCGCAUGGCCUUCGAGGACAGCUCGGUGCUGGCCGUGGACCUGUCCGGCAACAGGCUGCAGUACUCGGCGCUGCGCCACCUGGGUCCCGUGUUGGCGCACAUGCAUUCCCUCAACGUGGCAGGCACGCGCCUCACCGCCGACCACCUGCAGGAGAUGCUGCGCCGCGCCGGCCGCCUCAAGAAGCUCAACCUGAGCCGCCUGCACUUGAAGCAGCUGCCGCCAGACCUCUUCGCGGCGCAGGCCCGCCUCGAGGAGCUCAACCUGACCAGCAACGGCCUGCAGUAUAUCCCUGUGGACGUCCUGCACGCCCUGCCCAGCCUGCACACCCUCGACCUGCGCAACAAUGAGUUCCGCGGCCUGCCGGAGAUCAUCCUACGGCGGCUGGACCGGCUGACAGAGGUGGAGCUUGACGACAAUCCUUGGUCCUGCGACCAGUGCCACAUCCCCUACCUCAAGAUGUGGCUCAACGCGUCCUCCGCCUUCCGCACCGCCUGCCGCCCCGACGUGGACGCGCCGCGCUGCCUCAAGUGUCAGUCGCCGCCUGAGAUGUACGACAAGCCCGUGCUGGAGGUGGAGGGCCUGGAGCUGCAGCCCUGCCCCGAGGGAACCUUCGACCUGGCGGCGGCUAGCGCGGGCGGCGGCUUCUCAGUGGUGCUGGCGGCCGUGGCGGCAGCGGUGGCGGCGGCGUUGCUGGCGGUGAUCGUGGUGGCGGGGCUGGUCAUGUACCACCGCCACUCCGCCUUCUACUACACCCACGAGGACGACGGGCGGCACCACUUCUACGAGAACCCGGCGCUGCGCAGCGACCACACGGACGUGACGCUAGACGAGGACCUCGACCACGUGGCGGAGCCUGGCCCCCGCGCCAAGGACGGGGCCGCUGCGGGGAAGGGCGGCCCCCCGCAGCCCCCGCCGCCCCCGCCCCCCGCCCAGACCACCGAUAACAACGUGGUGGUGAUUGACGAGCUGAUGAGGAGCAAGGCCGCGCAGCCCCCCCAGCCCGCCCAGCCCGCCCACAACGGCAAGUCUUGAGGCCCAGCGCCAUCCUGCGGCCAGAGUGGGAGGGUCGCCUGACGGGGCGGGGCGGGGCGGAAGGGCACCUAGACUGUGGGGUCAGCCUGGUGCCCCGCGCGGGAACCACGCCCUCCCCCCCAGUGCCCGACAGAGGCCUCCGGCGGAUCGGGAGGAUACUGGGCCCCCGCCCCCUCCCCGCCCCGCCCCGGCCCGCCCAGCUCCACUCCGCCCCGCCCCCGCCGCUCAGGAGUGUUGAAC